UCAAGAGCCAACAUCGAAAGGGUCUCGAUGCCUUCCCUUUGGACCACAGCCACCAUAAAAGACAAACACUCCCCUAAAGCACCUAGAUCCGGGCUUUCCUCAGUACGAGUUCACAUCAUGAACGAAAUGACACAUCCUCUAACAAACCACCAGGCCCUCUCCUCGAGCUCGCAACCAUGGUGGAAAAUAGCCCACCUACGCCAUCUAAACACCCACCUAGCAAGCCUUAUCCUCUUCUCCAGCACAGUAGGCUACGACAUCUCACUAAUGAACGGUCUCCAAUCCCUCCCCCAGUGGCAAACCUUCAUGUCCCAUCCAACAGGCCUAAAACUCGGCUUCAUAAACGCCCUCCAAAACAUCGGCAGCAUGCUCUUCCUCCCGGUCCAAGCCUGGUCCGCAAACCGCUUCGGCCGCAAGCCAACAGUGCUAACAGGCUAUGUCUUCAUGAUUCUCGGCGUAGCUCUGCAAGCUACCGCUCAGAGCCCAAAUACAUUCAUCUACUCCCGGCUUCUGGUUGGUAUUGCCGGAGCUUGGUUCCAGUGCGCUGUCAUUCUUGUUACGGAAAUAGCAUAUCCGGUGCACCGCUCGCUCGUCACCUCUAUCUAUAUGUGUCAGUAUUACUUUGGAUCCUCGCUUUCUGCGUGGGUUGCGUUCGGGACGAGGAAUUUGCAGAGCAAUUGGGCCUGGCGGAUCCCUGUUCUUGUGCAGAUUGCGUUGCCGCUUUUGGCGAUGCCCGGGGCUUUGGCGGUUUCUGAGUCGCCGCGUUGGUUGGUGAAGCAGGAUCGGGUGCGUGAGGCGAAAAAUGUUCUUGUUCGGUUUCAUGCGGGUGGUGAUGAGGGUUCGGAGCUUGUUGCUUUCGAGAUGGAGGAGAUUACGAGGGGGUUGGAGCUUGAGGUGCAGGCGAGGGAGGCCCGCUGGAUUGAUUGUGUCAACACUCCAGGGAAUCGUUAUCGGCUCUUUUUGAGUAUUUCUCUGGGUGUUUUUGCCCAGUGGAAUGGAGGCGGAGUGGUCUCAUACUACCUGACCCUCAUUCUCGACACUAUCGGCAUAACAUCUACUACCGACCAAACGCUGAUCAAUGGCUUCCUUCAGGUCUGGAACCUGAUAAUGAGCAUUGUAGGCGCAUGUAUAGUCGACCGCGCUGGCCGGCGCCCUCUCUUCAUCACAUCAACAGCGAUAAUGCUCAUCAGCUAUAUUCUCAUCACUGCUUUAUCUGGUAGCUUUACAACAACAGGAACCAGUGCCGUUGGGACAGCCGUGAUUCCUUUUCUCUUUAUAUACUAUGCUGGCUAUGAUAUUGCCUUCACGCCACUGCUUCUGGCGUACCCGGCUGAGAUUUGGACGUUCUCGCUGCGUGCUAAGGGCGUUGCUAUCACUAUGAUCUCGACCUAUAUGGCAUUAAUUUUUAAUCAGCUCAUCAACCCUAUUGCAUUCGAGAAUAUUUCUUGGAAGUACUAUUUUGUGUUUUUGGUUGUUCUGCUGAUUGUCUUGGUCGCUGUCUGGAAAGCCUAUCCUGAGACCAAUGGGAGGUCGCUCGAGGAGAUUGCAGUAAUUUUCGAUGGUGAGAGUGCGAGCGUUACUGGUGCUGCUAUGAGCUUAGAAGACAAGCAACAGGCUACGAUGAUUGAGCAUAGAGAGGAUAUGUGA